CCACUCCCCGGCGAGAGGUACGGUAAACUUCCCCAAUCCCCGGCGAGGCCUCGACACGAGCCACUGACAAAGGGCCCCACCGAACGAGCCUCUGACAGCAGGGGUCCAGUGGAGUAAGAAAAAAAAACAGGGUGGAGUCGCGCCGCCGCCCGUUUGUCCUUUUAAACACGCCGAGCGAACAGGGUGGGGGGGGAGAAAUCGAGCCGAGUUCGUGGGUUCGUGCUGCUGCUGCUGCUGCUGCCUCAGAGUCCGUCGAUCGAUCGCUCGCUCAGCCGGGCUCGAGCUGACUCUGGAGCUGAAGGGAGUUCAGGUGAGUAUAAGCAUCAGAGACACAUAGCAUGAGUACUACCAGCAGUGCGCGGCGUGCCGCAAGGAGGCAGUCGCAAGAUGGGUCUGCUGACAAGGUUGUUGUCAACUUGGAUGCAAGCUCGCCGGUGGCGGGGAGCGGUCCUGGGCUGACAGUCUCCCCUGGCGCACGCACAUCACCUAUUGAUGUGGAAGCCCUCGAUGAUGAAGUGCAGGCGGUAUCGCCUUCACAAGUGCCUCCCCCGAGGGUGAUUCGGAGAACAAGGCCAUAUGUGACAAUAGUUGAUCUGGAGGUAGAUGCUACCCCUGAAGUGAACAAACGGCCAAGGAUUACACCUCUGAUGCAUCUCUUCCCAGAAAGGGGAGAAGGGUCCAGCCUGCAGUCGAGCAAUGCUGCAAAAAUUAGCGAAGAGCCUGCUAAAGCAGUGGUUCCAAAGGAACCGAGUUUUGAUUGCCCGGUGUGCUGGAACAAGUUGGUGGAGCCUUCCACGACAAACUGUGGCCAUAUUUUCUGCACCGAGUGCAUCAAGCAAGCUAUCCAGUAUCAGAAGAAAUGUCCUACUUGCCGCAAAGCCCUCAGGAAGAACAAUUUCCAUCGUAUUUACCUUCCGAACUCUCAUGCUUAAGGUCAGCAGCGGAUCAGUCUACUGAAGUGUACCCUCACCUAGAUGAAUUAUUACUUAGAAAACUAGGGUGAACAGUUGGUUAAUUUGACUGGUGUAUGUAUUAGAUGGUUGAUCUAUGUAACUGGAAUUGGCCUUAAGCUGAGAUGAUAACGGUGGAUGGCAUUUUUAGUA